AUGCGUGGUUGUGUUCCGGGGACUCGUUCUAAUAUUCGUUGUGCAAUAGUCGAGAAGGAAAAGGUCAAGAACGUUCAAUGUACAACUGUAAUGAGGAGAAUAAGUUCCAAAACAUCAAUAGCACUAAAAAGAUCCUCGUCUCAUGCCUGGAGCCAACCGAAUCGCAAGACGGCAGAUAUGGCGCUUGUAUGGGUACCAGAGAAAGCAGCAAAAGAUCACUACACGCUAUAUGAAAAGAUAAAAAAGACUGGAGACAAAUUGACCCUGGAAAAUGAGCACAAUAACCUCCGAGAGCGUUGUAGGGUUUAUAGGGCACGAUGGGACAGAGCGGCUAAUCAAAGAUUCUUUGAGCUAUCAGUGGAUAAUGCGGAGACCAAAUUAGAAAUUGGCACCUGCGAAUUUGUUCGAUACGCAUAUCCAGCCGAACCAUGGGAUACAGAAUGUGGUGUGGAAAGUGAUGCGGUUGCGGUCCGGCUCAUGUGUCUAGCACCAAGUAAGAAGUCGAGAUAG